ACUGAACACAGCUACCCAUCGGACCGUCCACUGUCUGCCUUCCUGAGCCCCAGGCAACAGAAGACAGGUGGCUCUACCCUUGGCCAAGGGUAGGUGUGGCAGUGCUGUCUGCUGCCGCCGUGCCCUCAUUGGCCUCCACGCAACCAGACUCAACAGAAGGAGCUACAGCCACCCGAGGCUCCCGACCUGACCCAGGGCCAUUCACCAGGAGCAUGGGACUCUCUGAUGUCCAGCUCCAGCUGGUGCUGCUGUGGGCACUGGUGUGGGCACAGAGGGCAGGGUCUGCGUGUCCCUCCUGUGGAGGCCCCACACUGGCACCCCAAGCAGAACGAGCUCUGGUCCUUGAGCUAGCCAAGCAGCAGAUCCUCGAAGGGCUACACCUGACUGGUCGUCCCAUAAUAACUCAUCCUCUACCCCAGGCAGCUCUGACCAGAGCCCUCCGGAGACUGCAGCGGGGAAGUGUGGUUCCAGCGAAUGGGGAGCAGGUCAUCAGCUUUGCUGCCAUCACAGACUCCUCCGCCUCCACCUGCAGCUCCACGCUCACCUUCUACCUGUCCACGCCUCGGUCCCACCACCUGUACCACGCUCGCCUCUGGCUGCAUGUGCUCCCCACCCUUCCUGGCACCCUUUCCUUGAGGAUUUUCCGAUGGGGCCCUAGGAGGAGACGCCGAGGGUCCCACGUCCUCCUGGCUGAGCACCAACUGACGGCCCCGGGCUGGCACGCCCUGACUCUGCCCUCUAGUGGCUUGAGGCAUGAGGAGUCUGGUGUCUUGAAACUCCAACUGGACUGCAGACCGCUAGAAGGCAACAGCACAGCUGCCCCCCAAACUCAGCAGCUCCUGGACACAGCGGGAGAGCAGCGGCCCUUCCUGGAGCUGAAGACCCGGCCCAAAGAGCCUGGAGCAGGCCGGGCCAGGAGGAGGACCCCCAGCUGUGAGCCUGAGACCCCCUUAUGCUGUAGGCGAGACCAUUAUGUAGACUUCCAGGAACUGGGAUGGCAGGACUGGAUCCUGCAGCCUGAGGGGUACCAGCUGAAUUACUGCAGUGGGCAGUGUCCCCCGCACCUGGCUGGCAGCCCAGGCAUUGCUGCCUCCUUCCAUUCUGCUGUCUUCAGCCUCCUCAAGGCCAACAACCCUUGGCCCUUGGGUACUUCCUGUUGUGUCCCUACUGCCCGAAGGCCUCUCUCUCUCCUCUACCUUGACCGUGAUGGCAACGUGGUCAAGACAGAUGUGCCAGAUAUGGUGGUAGAGGCCUGUGGCUGCAGCUAGCGAGAGGACCUGGGGGUUUGGAGUGAAGACAUCAAACUAGGGGUUCCUAGGCAAAGGGCAUCUGUGUCUGGAGGCAUCAGAUUCCUGACCCAUACCUUCAUCCAGUGGGUCACCUGGCAAUAUGAAUGGGUUGACCCCUCUGGGACCCAAAUGGGCACUUUCUUGUCCAGACUCUGGCACAUCCCAGGCUGGUUGAUGUGUAGGGAGAUGGGGAAAGUGUGUCCUCUAAAGGAGUCUACCCAGAAAGUAUGAUU